AUGCAAAAAGUAUCAGUGAGAUCACGGGUUAAAUGGAAUCCCACUUUCCACAAUAGUUGCAACACAUCAGGAUCAAUCUUUCCUGGGAACCUUAGGAGCGAAGAUCCUUGCAAUUUCAAGCAGAGUGACAGCCAUAUCUGGAGUUGCCUGACCAAGGAAAAUUAUAGACAACAUAUGUCCAAAGGAAGACAUUUAAACAGGACGAGAUGGUGGCCCGACUCGGUGAACAAAAUCUUUCCCUCUUCCCUCCAGACAUCAUCUACAGAGGAAGCCAAGAGGAUGAGAAAAUUGCUCCCUCGAUUCUUGAAACCUGAGGCCUUGCAAAGAUAUAUUGGUAUCAUGGAUACCAUCGCACAGAAACAUUUUGCCUCAGGAUGGGAAAAUAAAGAACAAGUUGUAGUGUUUCCUUUGUCGAAGAAUUACAUCUUGUGGUUGGCUUUUAGAUUGUUUGUGAGUCUUGAAGAUUCAACCCAGAUAGCUAAAUUUUCUGACCCUUUGGAGCUUUUAGCGUCUGGUGUCAUUUCCAUCCCCAUUGACCUGCCUGGAACUCCAUUUAACCGUGCCAUCAAAGCCUCGAAUUUAAUCAGAACUGAGCUUCUAGCUAUUAUUCGGCAAAGAAAGGACCUUGCGGAGGGAAAAGCAUCCUCCACUAAGGAUAUAUUGUCACACAUGUUGUUGGCAUGUGAAGAAAAUGGAAAAUUAAUGAACGAGCUUGAUAUUGCUGAUAAGAUUCUUGGAUUGUUGAUUGGGGGACGUGAUACAGCUAGUGCUGUUUGUACCUUCGUUGUCAAGUAUCUUGCUGAGCUCCCGUACAUCUAUGAUGGAGUUUACAAGGAACAAGUGGAGAUAGCUAAAUCCAAAGCUGCAGCUGGUGAAUUAUUGACUUGGGAUGACACUAAAAAGAUGAAAUAUUCAUGGAAUGUAGCUUGUGAAGUGAUGAGGAUUUCACCACCACUUCAAGAGUAUGCUCGAUUGGAAAUACUUGUUUUCAUGCAUGAUUUGGUCAAAAGGUUCAAAUUUGAUACGUUGAUUCAAGAUGAAAAGAUUGUAGUCGAUCCACUUCCAAUCCCUGAAAAGGGACUUCCAGUUCGUCUUCAUCCUCACAAAGCUUAA